GUACGACUCACAUUAACUUGGCAAGUGCAUCAUGCGGAAAUUUUACUUCUUCGUACUAUUUUAUUUAUGUUUUGUUUGGCGUUUAGCAGCGUCUGCAGACACAACUGAUACUGAGGAUGAUACUCCAUAUUGCCUACGUUUUACUUGGCUUGGACCAUUGUAUGACAAGACCAGCACUGUCAAUAUUUCUUGUGACGAUUAUACCGGUACACCAUGCAUCGAACCGCUGAUUGUUACAAAUGAUGGUAGUGAACCAAAUGUAACAUACAUGUGGGCAAAUUACAAUCGCUCUAUAAUCGGAUGCCCGUUAAGGUCCGGAUAUAGUUGCAUAAAAUAUACUUACGUGUAUGAUAAUGCAGUGAUAAAUGCGUCUUACUUUUGUGGUAAAAUGAUCCAGGAUACUACAACUGCUCUGACGUCGGGCUGCUAUGAGCAAAAGAUUACCAGCCAUACGAUUGGUGCCUGUGCCUGCCAAACUAAUGCUGGAGAAGCACCCUGUAACGCAUCUACUACCAAUGUUGCAUCCAUUUGCACUCAGACACUUUUUUUCUUACUGUUACUAAUUUUUUGUUAUGGAAGUAUAUUUUCAUAGAAUCAUUUCAUGAUUGCAUAAAAACUAUCUGAAUUUAAAUAGCGUAUUUCAAUUUUUCAUCUUGUACUUUAUGCUGUCGUUAAGAAGCUUAUGUAUUUUUUCACAUUAUUAUUAUCAGAUAUAUUUACCGUCAUUAUAUUCAAUUUUAUAUUCUUCCGAUAGAUUAUACCUUAUACAAUUCGGAAUAGAAUAUUGCAUAUUGACAGUGCCAAAUUGAAAGCUG